AUGGCACCUAAAAAGGGUAAAGGAAAAAAAGAUGACGAGAAUAGAGGAGUGUUUAACGAAGUGGAAAGAAAGCUUAUGGAACUUGAGUUAGCAGAUUGUAACCGAAAAUUAGCUAAUAUUAGAUCUGCUGCGGAAGAAUAUGAAAUACGUAUUGAAGAAUUACAGAGAGCAUACAAAAAAUUGGACGAAGACAGAGCUGAUGUUAUUACUUACCUUAAACGCAUGCUUGCUGUGAAAACCGAUGAAAACAGUGAGCUGAAGGAAAGAGCCAAAGGGUUGGAAGAAAUCAGAGAAAUCGAAAACGCACAAUUCAACGAAACAACUCAUCGAUUGGAAAAGGAGUUUAUUUUUAUGAAAGCAGAGCUGACAUCGCAUAAUAAAUUAUUGACAGGCAAACUAAAUAUGUUGGAAGAGUUUAGAGCCAUAAGGGAAGAUUUGAUGGAAAAAUUUGAAACCCAAGAAGUAGAAUUUAAAGACCAAGAAAUGAAAUAUAAACGCCUGUUAUAUGACAAUGAAAAGAAAUUCGUUAUUAGUAAGGAUAACCUUAAGAAGGAAAUGGAAUCUAAGCUUCUGCAACUUGCUCUUGAUUUCCAAGAUGUAACACAAUUGAGGGUUGCAGCAUCUACACACAGAGUCAUUAGGGAAAAUAUAGCAAUGAACAAUGAGAUGGAAAAUAUGUUAUCUACUCAAGAAAGAUUGGCUGAGCAAAAUGAGAUUUUAAAAGAGAAAAUGAGAGAGGCACUGGUUGCGCAGGAGUUGGCAAAAGAAGAAAGAGACACAGCUAUUAAUAGAAGUAUUUUACAACUGAAAGUAAUAGAGCGCCUUACAGCUGAAUUUGAAUCAAUAAAAAAAGAAAAAGCCUUACGUGAAAGAAGAGUUUACGACUACGAAUUAUUACACGAAAGAAUAAAGCGACUAACUAAAGAAAAUGAUAACUUUCGUUUUCAAGUACGUGUAUUGGAACAGAACUUGCACGCUCGGAUAAGUGAUCAAAACAAAACGGUGGUGGAAAUGGCUAAAGUAUCCAAUGAACGUGAUAAACUGAAAACAAUCCUUAAAGAAGCGACAUGUGCUAUUCAAGCUGCAUCAAAAAUGGAUAAAUGGGCAUCAACUCAUGGUUCAAAGGAAGAUAUCAAUAAACAAGUUAUGCUAUCACAAUUACUUGAGAUUGUAUUACAAUUCCGUAAUAUAGAAGACAAAGAGUCUGUAUGCACAAUAAGUUCAUUUAAUACAAUGUAUGAUAAAGGUGAUCUUGGUAUUGUACCGAAGACUCCAGUCGUAGCAACGGUCACUAAAUCUGCGGCGCGUAAUUCGAGAGACCACGUCAGUCGGAGUGAGGCUAGAAGCCCUUCUAAUGAGUCACUAUCCCGCUCUACUGUACAAAGCAGUAUCAAUACAGUGCCCAGUUUAAAAGUGUUACCUCCAACUUUUAAUAAUGAAUCUUUUGUUAAGCACAGUAUUGAGUCUUUUGUAGCUUCCGUGCAAUCCGAAGAAAUUGAAGACGAAGAAAAGAUUAUCGAGGAUGAUAUUGAAACAAUAUUAGCCACGAGUAAAGCUGAAAUGCAAAAAUCUCUAAUGAAAGAUUUAAUGGCUUCCCAAAUCCCUUUUGCGCUAUCUCAGAUGUCUGUAGAUAAUUUGCAAACCAAGUCUCAAACUCAGGUAAAACAUCAAUCGGGCGAGGAUAUCAUAAAAGAUAUUGAUGUGAAGGAUAUUGACGUACAAGAACCAGAGCAAGAAAAAGAAAAAGUAGAUAAUGAUGAGUAUAAUCAAGAUGAUAAUGUUGAUGAAGACAAUAAUGACGCUAAUGAUAAGGACAUUCAUGGAGUUGAUGGUUAUAGUGAUGGUCAAAAAGAGGAAGAUGUCAGUAGAGAGUUAUCAGACAUAGUGUCUGAAAGAGCCAAAGAUGAGCAAAGAGAUGAUAUGUUGUAGGUUUUUCUUACCUUUUUUAUUCGCUUAUAAUUUUUUAAAAUGUUUAUUUUAAUUUUGCUUAGUAUGCAUUAUAUUUUAUUCUUAUUUUCCUUUUUUUGUUUCGUAUGUGAUGCCUGUUAUACU